UUGGUUUCCUUCCCUGGCAACCCAAGAUGCAGCUCCAGCUUCACGGCUCGGUACCGAGAGAAGGGUAGUCGGUGCGGGUGGGAGAUGGACUGAGUUAGGGCGCUCUUCCGACUAGCGAAGCUGAGUGCGUUGAAAUACACACAGCUCGGCUGAAAUCAUUGGCGAUUGCUGGUGACUGAAACCACACGAAAACAAUAGUACCUUUGCCAAUCUUUCACAUCCCACUCCAAACACACUAACACGGCAUUGAUGGUAAUGUAUGCAGGGAAACAACCGAGACUCGGCGAUGGGUGCGACCGAAGAGAUUCCCAGCCCUAUCAGACUCUCAAAUACCCAUCCAAGCGCCAUCCAGGGGGGGACCACCGCCAUGAGAAGAUGCGAGACACCGCAGACAUCACUCCCCCCUGCAAAAUGCUCAGGCGCUCAGACAGCCCUGAAAACAAACACAUCGACACCACUGGCCACAGCAGAGCGAAGGCUGUCCACACGCACCGCGGCAGAGACCGGGAUGGAGGGACCAGUUUUUCUCCACAAGAAAACAACCACAGCUCUCUGCACAACUCCAACCAUUCUAAUCCCAGCAAGACAUCAGACACACCUUAUGAGCCUGGGGAUGACUGGUCCGAACACAUCAGCUCCUCUGGGAAGAAGUACUACUACAACUGUAGGACAGAGGUGUCCCAGUGGGAGAAGCCCAAAGACUGGCUGGAGAGAGAGCAGAGGCAAAAAGAGCCCACGAAGACUACGGUUGUCAAUACUUUCCCCAAAGACAGGGACUACAGGCGGGAGGCCAUGCAGGCCUCGGCGGCCACUGGUUUUACUGGUGCUAAGUCGAGCCAUGCGGAGAAGCCCGCGACGGCCCCCUCCGGCCAGUCAUCGUCGGGGUCCGGGGCCCUGAACUCGUCGUCUUCUUCGUCGUCGUCGUCCGGGCCCCCUGGCUCCUCGGCGUCCACCACGGUGCCCGUGUCCCCGGUGCUCCAGUCCCCCACCACCACGCUGCUCCAGGACCCCAGCCUGCUCCGCCAGCUCCUCCCCGCACUUCAGACGGCGCUGCAGCUCAACAACGCCAGCGUGGACAUGGCCAAAAUCAACGAAGUUCUCACCGCUGCGGUCACUCAAGCAUCUUUACAGUCAAUGCUCCACAAGAUCCUCACCGCAGGCCCCUCUGCGUUCAACAUCACUACUCUCCUCUCACAAGCUGCUCAGCUCUCCAGCCAAGCAGCGCAACAGUCGAAUCAUUCGCCCAUGUCGCUGACCUCGGACGCCUCCUCGCCCAGGUCCUACGUGUCCCCCCGGAUCAGCACGCCACAGAGCAACGCUGGCACCCACAAGCCCAUCCUCGGCACGCCGCCCGCCAUCUCGCAACCAAAAGUGAGCACGCCCUCUGUGAAGCAGGCGUCUCUUCCCCAGCCCUCGCAGCCCCUCCCCAGCGACAAGCAGCACGGGCACGACCCCACCGCAGCCUCCCCGCGCUCCCUCCAACGCCAAGGCAGUCAGAGGAGUCCCUCCCCGGGCCCUAACCACGUCGCUACCAACAGCAGCAGCAGCAGCAGCAGCAGCAGCAACAACCAUCACCAUAGCAGCAGUAGCAGCAACCACCACCACCACCAUAGCAGCAGCAACCACUCAUCCAACUCCUCCUCGGCCCCCCACAGUGGGGCAGGAUCACGGCCCUCCAGCUCCUUCACCCCCACGCUCGCCGCCCACUUCAACGAGAACCUGAUCAAGCAUGUCCAGGGCUGGCCCGCCGACCACGCCGAGAAGCAGGCGUCCCGGCUGCGGGAAGAGGCCCACACCAUGGGCAGCAUCUGCAUGUCGGAGAACUGCACGGAGCUCAAGAACCUGCGCUCCCUGGUCCGGGUGUGCGAGAUACAGGCCACGCUGCGCGAACAGAGGAUACUGUUUUUGAGACAACAAAUCAAAGAACUUGAAAAGUUGAAGAACCAGAAUUCCUUCAUGGUCUGAGAACUCUUGAGGCGGUGGGUCGUUUUGGUUGCCGUGAGAUGGGGAAGAAGAGGAAUAGGGCGGGUGGGGAGACCCAUGUUGCACAUAGUUGGGAGGUAGACAAAGAGAGGGAGAGAACGGAGAACAAUUGCUGAGUUCUUGUUGACCCCCCCCCCCCCCCCCCCUCAGACACACACACACACACAUACACACACACACUCCCCCGUCCCCCCUACCCCUAUCCCCACCUCCCCAGUCUUGACACACAGGAUCUUCGUUUGGCCCGGCAGGCCUUGGAGAAGGAAAGAAGAAAAGGUGAAGCGUUGGUGAGGGGGAAAGAAAGCAGGAUAGGGUGGGUUUACAAGACUUUGGUUUUGUACAAAAGAAAAGAAAAAAGCAAAAAAAAUAAAACGUAAAAAAAAAAUGACCCUGGUGUGGGGGGGGGAAUGGGGGGUGCAAAAAAAUGUAGAUUUCUUGUAGAUGUUAUCUAUGUUGUACAUAUGUUUUGUAGAUUGAAGCCAUGGAAAGCCAUGCCUAUCAAAAGCUUUUGACAUCCAAAACUAAUCAACGCCUAGGCGGCUACGUUGUCUAGCUAGCCUUUUCCUUCAUGUUAACCUGUCCGCAGACCUAAACGCAACAUUUGCUCUGGGCGGUAGAUUGUCGAACCAUUGCCUUGGUUGCACAUGUAUGACCUGUUUGGAAACGGGAGGACGUUUUUAAGCCAUUACAUUUUACACACAUACAAAAAAAAGCUAAACACACUGGUGUCCAUAUUUCCUUUCUCCCCCCCCCCCCUCCUCUCAAAGUAAUGGUUUAAUGGAUUAUUGUGUUCAGAUAUCAUAUUUUUCCGCUGGGAUGAGUUGUAUUGGGUGACUCGGUGUAGACCUCUCUCCCUAAGCAGCUCCAUUGUAACUGUGGUUCAGCUGUCUACAUGCAGCUUUCAUUGGUCCCUGCAUUACCCAACCUGAAAAUAACAGUGCCUGAUGGUGUGGAGUCGCUUGCGUGUGUUUGUGUGGUUGGUUGAUUAUUAUUUUAUUUUUUUGGAAGAAGAAAAUAAAAGAACUAGCGGAAGGUGGACUAUGAAAGACGCGAGUUGUGUGCUGCUUAGAACCAUUCCCACAGCGAAGCCCUUCUCCGAUGCUCCGCCCAGGCUCUAAGGGACUGUCGGCAGUUCAAACCCUCCUAGUAGUAUGUUCUGGUUGGUUUUAUUUUGUUUUAUUCCUCCUUGCCCAAGGAGUUCUGCUGAACAACUCUUGUUUAUAAAAAAGAAAAAAAAGGCUGGGUGACACUGCUUGUCCAUUCCUUUUGUACAGUUACUAAUAGUGAGUGACGUUUUUAAAUGGUGGUUCUCAAAGAAAUAAAAUUAUUAUCAUUAUUAUUACAGGUUAAUGCAGUGAUGACUGGUAUAUCACACAUGCUGUACUCCUAAACACUUAGUACUUUUUGUUUUCUUUUUGGACUGUUGAGAUUGGGCAAGUGCUACUAGGGGGGUGAGCUGCUGCGGGUUGUUUAUUUUAUUUUAUUUUAUUCUUUUUUGGGGAGAGGGCCACCGCCUUGAUGCGGAGGGACAAUGCUGAUCACCACCACCACCACCCAAAUGUGCACAUCCUGAGUCGACGCAGGCUGCAACGCGAGAUCACACGGUCAAAUGUGAAAUGUAUGUAUUGUAAUAAACAUGCUAAACUAAAGUGAGCCCUGGUUAUUAUUUAUCCGUCUGCGUGUUGUCAUACGCCUAGUGCCUUGUUGGUAAUCUUCACAUCUCUUUAAUUUUCCUGAGGUAAAGCUUUUUGUUGUAAUUUGACGCUCUUUAUCGAGAAAAAGACCUUCAACAAGCAUGUUAUGAUCAGCUAUGGGUUGUAUUUUAAUUUUUCUGGUACGUCUCACGUAAUUUGUGUUUUGGUUGCUUUCCGAGCCGGGUCCUAUGCUGCAAUGGACCUUUGUUUCCCUCCAUCGUAUUACAUGGCGUCUACUGAGUAAUCAACUGCACCACACAUUUGGUAAAGGUCCCCUCACCGUUGCAAUGUAUAUUUCCUCAAGUAUAUUGUCCAAAUAAAUAAAAUAUGACUCUUG